CGCCCCUUUCCGGCGCUCGUCCCGCGGCGGCUCCGCCAUUUCCGCGCGCGCCGCUGCUGGGGCCGGUUCUGGGUCGGGACCGGCGCUUGUCCUGAGGCUCCUCCGCCACCGGAGCGGCCCCAAGGUGUCCCCAGUGAGCAUGGAGAACCAAGAGGUGUCCCCUCCCCAGCUGCUGGAGGCUCUGGUGGCCGUGGUGGCCACCCUGGGCAAGGUGGCGGCCGCUGUGACUGGGCCACACAGGGGCGUGUGGCAGCGAGUGUCCCCAAUGUUCUUGCCCGUGGACCUGAGGAGAUUCACCUGGAACGUCCAUAGGACCCUGGACCACGGCAGUGUCACUUCCCAGGGCCACCGUGGUGUCCCCUCCCUGGGCCAGGCCCUGGCCACCCUCGGGGCCACCCCUGGGACCACCUGGGCCGAUGUGAGAGCUGCGGCCAGCGCCUGGCAGGAGUUGGUGGCCACGCUCAGGGAGAGCUGGGACCGGCUGGCCUUGGAGGCCGCUGAGCUCUGUGUUGCCUGCACGGACGUGGCCCCAGCCCGGGCCAGGGACCUGUGGUACAAGACCGCCCGCCGGGGGACAGCUUGGCACAAGCUGGCGACCAUGGCCCGGCGGCCACCGGUGGCCCUGGACAGGGAGGAGGAGGUGACCUGGGCAGGGGCCACACGCGAUGCCUGGGAGGCAGUGGCCACCGACAAGGAGGAGCUGGCCACCAGUGAAGAGGACGAGCUGGCCACCAGCGAGGAGGAGCCGGCCAGCAGUGAGGAGGAGCUGGCCAGUGACGAGGAGCAGGCAGCUACCAGCGAUGAGGAGCUGGCCACCAGCGACGAGGAGGUGGCCACUGAUGAGGAGGAGCUGGUGAAUAGUGAGGAGCAGGUGGCCACCAGUGAGGAGGAGGCAGCCAUGGGAGAGGCCAUGGGAGAGGCCAUGGGAGAGGCUGUGGUGGCCGCCAGCCGGGCAAGGGUGGCCGCCAGGAGUGGCCAUUGGGCAGAGGUGGCCCUGGGGCCACUGGAGCUCUUGGUGGACGCGUGUGACAGAGCCACCAUGUUCAUCAGGAAUAUGGAUUACUGCUUCUGGGAGAUCGGGAUCAUCCUGAACGGGACAAAUGAGGCGUCCCCCAAUGUCCCCAUGGCCUUGGUGGCCAAGGUGGCCGAGGCCGAGGGGCUGUGGGAUGCCAGCGCUCACCUGGCUGAGGAUCGCCUGCUGGGAAUACUUGAGCUCAUUGACAACAUCCUCUUGAGUCCCUCUGGUGGCCCAGGUGACCCUGGUGGCCCCGGUGGCCGCGCAGUGGCCAAGCAGUGCCAAAAAGCCAUGAAGCACAUCCCGAGGCUGCUGUGGGGACAGUGAUGUCACUGCUGUGACAUCAUCGGGGCAGUGAUGUCACUGUGGAGACCUGUGGAUACUCAGGUGCCACCAGCUCCUUGUGUCACCAAGAGCCCCUCAAGUGCCACCAGUUCCUCAUGUCAUCAGGAGCCCCUCAACUGCCACCAGCUCCCCAAGUGCCACCAGCUCCUCGUUUCACCAAGAGCCCCUCAAGUGCCACCAGCUCCCCAAGUGCCACCAGCUCCUCGUUUCACCAAGAGCCCCUCAGGUGCCACCAGCCCCUCGUGUCACUGGACUCUCAUGCAGGAGAACCUGCUGGAUCCCUUGGGGCUCAGUCCUGUCCCCCACCGCCCCGUUAUCAGCUGGGACCCACCCUGUGAGCGGCCAGGAUCAGAAUUGAAAUUUUUAUAAAAGUUUGUUAAGGGAUAAAAUCCUGGUGCUAAUUGCCAAUAGCUCCCUGUUAAUUAAACCAUGUUCUUUAUAUUCUGUUACAUCACAGAGAUUCAUGCAUAUUCAUGAGAGUUGGUGCAUAUUCAUAAUAUAUUAUUGAUCUAAAAAAUAAUAUAUAUAUAUAUAUGAGUAAUAAAAUUGAAAUAUAUAUUGUAUAAAAUAUUUUACAAUAAUAUAUUUUCUACCAACAUAUUUAGAGAUAGAAUUAUAUUUAUUAUUCAAAACAAUAUUUCAUAUUAAUAUUUUAUAUACAUAAACAUACAUACAUUUUCCUAUGUUCUAUAUAAAUUCUAUUCAAACAUUCCUGGGAGUUCAGAUGUACUUUGUUUGGUUUUAACCCUUGACUUGCCUCCACACCAUCUUGUGCAUUAAACCAAUUUAUUUUAUUUCUC